AUGUCGUCUUCUUCCGUCGCCGCCGUUGUCGUAUUCAUUGUUCUCGUUUCGAUUAUCGCACCUGCUUUCGCAUCUGAGUCAGAUCACAAGUAUCAAGCAGAUGAGCAGGUUACACUGUGGGUGAACAAAGUUGGCCCAUAUAACAAUCCACAAGAAACAUACAACUAUUACAGUCUUCCAUUUUGCCGCCCAUCUGGAAACAAUGUUCACAAAUGGGGUGGUCUUGGAGAAGUUCUUGGUGGAAAUGAGCUGAUUGACAGCGAGAUUCCGAUAAAGUUCUUGAAGAAUGUUGACAGAAAUGUUAUUUGUAAGCUUGAACUCAAUGAAGCUAAGGUUAAGCAUUUUAAAGAUGCAAUUGAAUCUAGCUACUGGUUUGAAUUCUUUAUGGAUGAUCUGCCUUUGUGGGGCUUUGUGGGUGAGCUGCAUCCUGACAAAAAUAGUGAAAACGGCAAGCAUAUCCUCUACACGCAUAAGAACAUUGUUGUCAAAUACAACAAAGACCAGAUCAUUCAUGUUAAUCUCACUCAAGACAACGCAAGGCCACUGGAAGCAGGGAGGACAGUGGACCUGACGUAUUCUGUGCAGUGGAUUCCAACAAAUGUCACAUUUGCUCGCCGCUUUGACGUAUAUCUGGAUUAUCCAUUCUUUGAGCACCAGAUCCAUUGGUUCUCCAUCUUUAACUCGUUCAUGAUGGUUAUUUUCCUCACUGGUUUGGUGUCAAUGAUAUUGAUGAGGACUCUCAGAAAUGAUUACGCGAAGUAUGCUCGAGAAGAUGACGAUCUCGAGAGCUUGGAACGGGAUGUAAGUGAAGAAUCUGGUUGGAAACUUGUGCACGGGGAUGUGUUCAGGCCACCAUGUAGUCUAGUUCUUCUCUCAGCUGUUGUUGGCACAGGUGCACAGUUGGCGUUGCUUGUUCUUCUUGUCAUAUUAAUGGCCAUCGUGGGGACUCUCUACAUUGGGAGAGGAGCAAUCGUCACAACUUUCAUAGUUUGCUACGCUCUGACUUCAUUUGUUUCUGGUUAUGUGAGUGGUGGAAUGUACUCAAGAAGUGGGGGUAAACAUUGGAUCAAGUGCAUGGUCCUCACGGCUUCUCUCUUCCCCUUUUUGUGCUUUGGAAUUGGGUUUCUCCUGAACACAAUUGCCAUAUUUUAUGGAUCUCUUGCGGCAAUUCCUUUUGGGACAAUGGUGGUUGUGUUUGUAAUUUGGGGUUUCAUUUCCUUCCCUUUAGCCCUCCUCGGGACAGUCGUUGGAAGAAACUGGAGUGGUGCUCCAAACAAUCCAUGCCGUGUGAAGACCAUUCCACGUCCAAUCCCUGAGAAAAAAUGGUACUUGACACCAUCGGUUGUCUCCCUGAUGGGAGGUUUGUUACCCUUUGGAAGCAUCUUUAUUGAGAUGUACUUUGUCUUCACAUCCUUCUGGAAUUACAAGGUCUACUAUGUGUAUGGAUUCAUGCUGCUGGUUUUUGUGAUUCUGGUCAUAGUGACGGUAUGUGUGACAAUUGUGGGAACUUAUUUCCUGCUGAACGCAGAGAACUAUCAUUGGCAAUGGACGUCCUUUUUCUCUGCUGCUUCGACGGCAGUCUAUGUCUACUUAUACUCCAUCUAUUACUACUACGUAAAGACCAAGAUGUCUGGAUUCUUCCAGACAAGCUUCUACUUUGGAUACACCAUGAUGUUCUGUCUUGGCCUUGGAAUCCUUUGCGGAGCGGUUGGAUUCUUGGGAUCAAAUCUGUUUGUAAGGAGGAUCUACAGAAACAUCAAGUGCGACUAG